UUUGCGGCUAGACGCCUUUGCGGCCAGUGGUGCAAAUAAUUUUCAACAAAUAUAUUCGAUUAAUAAAAAAUGUCCUCAGUUACUAAAAUACUUGUUUCGGCAAUAAUAUUGGUUAACAUCCAUGGACAUAGAUCUGACACCACGCCUAUUAUAAAAGUGGUGGCGAGAGGAGGCGAUCACUGCGAAGGGCCACACUGGUCGUCAGCGGAAAAUGUGCUGUACUGGGUCGACAUAACGUUGCAAAGAGUGCACCGACUUGACCCUGUCACGGGCAAUGUCACAACGCGGGAAAUAGGUUACGGACCAGUGACCCUGGUGGUGUCAGUGAAAGAUAAUCCCAAUUUGGUGCUGAUAACAAGUAGAACCGAGUUGUACUUUAUGCAAUGGGAUGCUCCACCAGGCGACAGUGCUCUCCGGUUGCUUACUGCGGUGGAUCUGGGGUUGCCUGAUAACCGCGCAAAUGAUGGCAAGGUCGACGCCAGAGGCAGACUUUGGUUUGGUACAAUGGGGAAGGAGGUGGAUAAUGAGGUCGACAAAGACCAAGCAACAUUAUAUAUGGUUAACGAGCAUAACUACUUUCACCCUGCAACCAAACUGAAGCCUGUAUCAAUAUCAAACGGCAUCGCGUGGAGUACCGACAACAAAUAUAUGUUCUAUAUAGACACACCUACGAGGAACAUUGAUGUAUUCGAUUUCAAAUUGGAGACUGGCACUAUACGUAACAGAAGGACAAUUUUCAGUUUCCAGUCAAAAAAUGUCACUGGGUACCCUGAUGGCAUGACAAUAGACAAUGAAGGAAACCUGUGGGUUGCAUGCUACGACGGUGGAAAGGUAAUUAAAAUAGACUCUCGCUCGGGGAAACUUGUGGAACAACACAAGCUACCAGCAUCAAAGGUGACAUCGGUAAUGUGGGGAGGACAUGACCUAUCUACUCUAUAUGUGACAACAAGUCGCAGAGAUCUUACGCAAGCGGAACUCGAACAACAGCCAGACGCAGGAUCUGUCUUUGCCAUAGAAGGAACUAGUUGUAAAGGUUUACCACAAAACCAAUUUGUUUUUACCAAUGCAGCUAAUUAUUAAGAGUUAUACUAAAAUAAACA